CGCUCAAUGGCCUCAAGGGUGUCGUCCCAGUUUACAGUGGUGGUUUCACCGAUGUCACUCAAUGGUCUACUGCUCCUGUAAGGUUUCGCCGUGUCGUAGGUCAGUUUGCCUGCGGGGCCUGUGUAGGAGGGUAAAAUAUCGCCGCACCUUCGGCGUCGUGGCGGUGAAAAUAGAUCGCCUCCAAAAGCUCCGGCUCCCAAAGAAGCAACGAGAACCAAGCCCCGACGAAGACUUCAACUGUUGCCAUGGAUUCACCGUUGUUGCAGUCCGGACCAUCGGCCCUCCG